AUGGACCUGACUGGUAUUUUUUGGUUCACUUCACCUCAAACAAUCAGUAUAGAGGCUUACGGCUACAAAUCCUACGCCGACAUAUACCCAGUUUCAUCUGUGAAGGUCACCGCAGCUGUUCCAACUGCCGGCGGUACCCUCCAAGUCAUAAGUACUUGCUUCUCCCAAAUUAUAUCAUGCAAUUUGGAUUCUCAGGCCAUCCCACCUAAAUACCCCUUGUAUUGCAACGAGAUACCCGUGCCACCCGGAGUUGGACUCCAGAAGACCAUAAACUGUGUGUACAAGACCAAUACGUCCUUGCUCCCCAUCAUAUUUGACUAUGGUCCUGCAGUUGGUCCUUACUCAUUCAAUGGAAACUUGUUUGUUGUCAAUGGCGAAGGUUUCACUCCAUCCACCACUGUCUCAUUCUCUGAUGGAACAAAUGUCCUCGCUUCACCGGUUACAACCCACGACAAGGCCACAUUCAUUGUGCCAUUCAAUGUUAGAAUCAUUGGAACCUUUAAUAUAUCGUCCGGUGGUGUGUCUGCUGGACCUUACAUCACCAAGCAAAGCUAG